GUCUGAUAGGUCUGAUAGGCUUGGCUCAUCAAACUGUAUCAUGGAUGCUGCUGUUGCCAAAAAACCAAAGCUAUGCAGAUUCUUCUUUCCUUUGGAAAAGCAAUUGAUGUUAUUUCCCAUUUUAAUUCUGCUGAUAAACCAGGCCUCUAAAAUGAACGCCGAGGACGGCGUUAUGGAGGAACUGGCAUCUGAGAAAGAGGCAGAAGAAAGUCAUCGACAGGACAGUGUGAAUUUAUUAACAUUCAUUUUACUGCUGACAUUAACAAUUCUGACCAUUUGGCUUUUCAAACACAGAAGAGUUCGUUUUCUCCAUGAGACCGGGUUGGCAAUGAUAUACGGACUGUUGGUAGGUGUGAUCCUGCGUUAUGGAAUCCCAGCCACCAGCUACCACAAAAAAACUCCUCCCAGCUGUUCUCUUGAGGAGGGGCCAGUCAGUACGCUCCUACUGAACGUCAGUGGGAAGUUCUUUGAGUACACGCUGAAAGGAGAGAUCAACUCGAGGGAGAUACACAACGUGGAGCAGAAUGACAUGCUGCGUAAGGUUACCUUUGACCCUGAAGUAUUCUUCAAUAUACUGCUACCUCCAAUCAUUUUCCAUGCUGGAUAUAGUCUCAAAAAGAGACACUUCUUCAGGAACCUGGGCUCCAUCAUAACCUAUGCCUUCCUAGGAACAGCUAUCUCAUGCUUCGUCAUUGGAAACCUGAUGUAUGGAGUGGUGAAGCUGAUGCAGUUCAUAGGGCAGCUGACUAACAAGUUCUACUACACAGACUGUCUUUUCUUUGGAGCCAUCGUCUCUGCCACUGACCCAGUGACGGUGCUGGCCAUCUUCAAUGAGCUCCAUGCAGAUGUGGAUCUUUAUGCCCUGCUGUUUGGAGAGAGUGUCAUGAACGACGCGGUGGCCAUCGUCCUCUCCUCGUCUAUUGUAGCCUAUCAGCCUGCUGGAGCCAGCACACACACCUUCGAUGCCACAGCCUUCUUCAAGUCAGUGGGGGUUUUCCUGGGCAUCUUCAGUGGAUCCUUCGCCAUGGGAGCCAUCACUGGAGUGGUCACUGCCCUCGUGACCAAGUUCACCAAGCUGCACUGUUUCCCUCUGCUGGAGACGGCCCUCUUCUUCCUCAUGUCCUGGAGCACCUUCCUAUUGGCCGAGGCCUGCGGGUUCACAGGUGUCGUGGCGGUGCUAUUCUGUGGGAUCACUCAGGCCCACUACACAUACAACAACCUGUCUGAGGAGUCCACCAAGCGCACCAAGCAGCUGUUUGAGGUCCUUCACUUCCUAGCAGAGAACUUCAUCUUCUCCUACAUGGGCCUGGCUCUGUUCACCUUCCAGAACCAUGUAUUCAGCCCCAUCUUCAUCGCCGGGGCCUUCCUGGCCAUCUUCAUAGGCCGUGCCUCCAACAUCUACCCCCUCUCCUUCCUGCUCAACCUGGGACGCAGACACAAGAUCAGGGGCAACUUACAGCACAUGAUGAUGUUUGCAGGCCUGCGGGGGGCAAUGGCGUUUGCCCUGGCUAUCCGGGACACAGCUACCUACGCCCGUCAGAUGACGUUCACCACCACCCUCCUCAUCGUCUUCUUCACCGUCUGGGUGUUUGGAGGAGGGACCACCCCCAUGUUGUCAUGGCUACACAUAAGGGUCGGAGUGGAUCCAGAUCAAGACCUGCAACAAUGUGGAGAUAACUUCCUGCUCUUUCAAGGGGACGGGACCAUGCCAGAAGUCAGUAAAACCAAGCAGGAGAGCGCCUGGCUCUUCAGGCUGUGGUACACCUUCGAUCACAACUACCUGAAGCCCAUGUUGACUCACAGUGGUCCUCCUCUCACCACUACCCUGCCAUCCUGCUGUGGUCCCCUGGCACGAUGCUUCACCAGCCCUCAGGCCUACGAGAACCAUGAGCAGCUGAGAGACGACGACUCCGCCCUGAUCCUGGAUGACGAUGACACGGCCAUCACGGCUAAAGGAGCGUCCAGUGGAGGGGCGGACGCGGGGGGCUGGGGGGUCAACGGGAAGAGGAGCAGCAGCACAACUGAAGAGGCACUAGAGAGAGAGAUGGACCAGGAAUUCCUGUCCCGCAGCACACGCCUCGUCUUUCCCAUCGAAGACCACGCCUGAGCCCUACACCAUGACCCCAUGAACCCUCGCCCUCCAGCCCACACACACACCAGACUAUGGGAGUAGAAUAUGAGAGUGAGGGUUGGAGGAAAGGGUGUGGUUUAAAACAGGGCUGAUAUUAGAUGGCAUUUCUUCCCGGUAUGGGACCUCCUGUGUAUGCACCCAAAACAAUAAAUUGCAGCUAAACUGG